GCACGAACGCAGACUCCAACACCGCCCCGCAGUGUGCCUGGAAUUCUGCGUCCCACGAUUCAUGAGAUCCCUUCACUUGAGAUUUUCCGUGGACGUCGUGGCCUGCAACAGAAGUUCCGGGUGGGAGCGACAUGGCGUUACCGGAGCCAGGAGGAAACGCGCUGCAAAACGCCAUGAAGAUGGCGCGGGUCGCCAUUCAACUGGACACGGAGAGCCGGCGGAAGGAAGCUUAUUGUGAAUACCUUAAGAGUAUACACUUUAUAUCACAAGCUUUAAUAGAAGAUGCACAAAUGAAAGAUGAGAAGGAGCUGGUAACACCCGAAAUGCAGAAAAUGCUGAAGUUGGCUGAUCAGUGCUUAGAAAGGAUUAAAACCACUGCUGCUAAACUUGGUGAAGUGGAAAGGCAGCCUGCAGCAAGCCAGGUCACCAAGCCCUCAUAUACUCCGAGUCAUCGAAGAGUCGCUUCAGAUGGGGGAAGCACGAGUACAUCACUUUUGCCUCCUGAAGUCUUCCAAAAGCAGCAAAUUCCCGAAACACUAAUAACAAAAAGAGAACUUACUCCAUUGGAAGAAGCUUCAAGACAGAACCAGAAGUUAAGAGCUUCUUACGAGGCAAGGAUGGCACGGUUGAAUCCUAAUCAGGGUAUGCAGAAAACAUCAUUGACUUUAUCUCUUCAGCGGCAGAUGAUGGAAAACCUGAUCAUUGGACAGGCCAGACAGGCAGCACUGCAAAGAAAGAUGGAAGAACGAAGGCUGAGACUUCAGGAAGAAGCAAACAGGAGGUUUUCAAACAGUGCCAUACUGACCCCUGAGGAGGAGGAGCAGAGAAAUGUAUAUGCAAGCAUUUUAGAGUUCGAGCAGGACCACGAGUGGCCUAAACAAUGGAAAAUGCAAUUGAAAUCACAACCUAAUGAUCUUGCACUGGUGGCUGGCCUUGUAUCCCAAAUACUGAGCUGCUCAGAAUAUCCAAUCACACAACUACUGAAGAAGCUACAGUGCCGGAUUUACAGCAAGCUUUACCCUAUUGUGAAAUCACAGUGCUCAGACCUGGCUAACAUUACUGAACUGUGUCCAGGUUCUACAUUGUACACAUCGCCUGCCCAGUGCCCACUGAUGCCAGAAGUAGCAUCUUCGUUCAACAGGGGAAGCAGGUUAAAGUCUUCCAAAAGCGCAUGUUGCUUGGGGAAUGUUCAAGAUCAGAGCAAGAUAAGUUAUGGUGGAUUAAGACACAGUUCCUCUGUCAGCUCAGUAGUAUCAAGUGAACAGAAUACUGCAAGCUCAGAUAUUAGCAGUCAGAAUGCACUGCAACAAAAAUUUGCAAGUCAACAGUUCAACCCAGCAGUGAGUGAUAGAGCAGAUCUGUUGAUUGACAAAAACAGCCCUUUUGAAGAUUUGGAACACUACAUGAUGAAGUUUGAGCAACAACCAAGAAGUGUCACAGACAGCCUGACACUAAUGACAAAUACUGAACAUCAUCAAAUGGAAGCUGUUCCACUGCAAGACCACCUAAAAGAUAUUGUGACUGAUGUGCAUAAUUCAAUUGACAAAUUACUGUCCUUGUGUAUUCUGGCCUUUGAACCUCUCAACACUGCGACGGGAAAAGACCAGUGCCUGGCCAGCAUCGAGGAGGCUUUGUUCCAGCCUAUCUGGGUGUUCCUUUUGGCUCUAUUUAGAAAAGUGAAUACACAGAGGGAAAUGGCGCUUGACAAAAGCAUGAAGCUGCACAAGUCAGCAGGUCCAGCAGAUAUUGGUGUUGCAGCUAAACUCUUUCCCAAGGAAUCUGCGUCUUCAAAUGAUUCCUAUCCAUAUGAAGCUGCAGUCAAAGAGUUACGGCUAAUAACCAAAGAAUAUUGUCCACAAAAAAAGCUUGAAUGUAUUGUGCGAACUCUCCGUCUUAUCUGUGAAUGCGCUGAUCAUUACUGCAGUUCUAAGGAAACUGGUACAGUACAUGUUACUUCUGCAAUCGGUGCCGAUGAUCUGCUGCCCAUCUUGUCGUACGUGGUGCUGAAGAGCAACUUAAUGCAGCUGGUAUCAGAGUGUGCAGCAUUGGAAGAAUUUAUUCACGAAGGCUAUUUAAUUGGUGAAGAAGGGUACUGCUUGACAUCCAUGCAGAGUGCUCUCUCAUACGUGGAAUCUUUAUCCAAAGCUUGAAUCGUGUCUUUUUCAUCCAUAUAUUUGCUGAGAAUGGCUUGUUACAAACAUACUUACUAAAAGACUGUUUUUGUAUUAAAUUCUCUGGUUGAAUGUAGUUUUCAAUAGAUACAUAAAAUGUUUCAAUAUUUAGGACUAACAAUUUGAAGCUGUCCGGAAUAUUCUUAUCGUAAAAUGUGGCUUGUUGAGGAUAAUAAUAAAAGACUGCACAAAGGUCAAGUAGAAGAUUUAAUCUUCCAUACUAAUGCUGGAGAGGACCACAGCCUACAAGGCAUAAGAGCUGGACAAGUUCACACCCUCUCCUUCAACACAGGUACCGCAUUUUCUGUAGAAUAUUUUGGAUGCUAGAUAUUUUUCCUCCUUGUAUCUUAAUAUAUUUAAACCAAAUCAGUAGGGCUUUGUUCAGUUAAUAUUGGUUUAAGUUUUAAAUCAAUAGAUUUGCAUAUGUCGUAUUUAAUGUUUAUUUAAAGGAAACACAAUGGGAGUUUUUAAUGCUGCUGUACAAAUCUUUUAGUGAAAACCUAAGAAUGAAGAUUCACCAGGGUCACAAAGAUUUGAAAUUUUGAUCUUAUAAGUAACAAAUAUUCUAAAGUUUCUGAUUACUUUUUAAAUAUUAUUUUUAUUGUAUAUUUUUCUGUGCAUUUGUACACGUGUAAAUUCCAAGGCAAGGUGUAGGUUAUUGCCAGUGAUAAAGUAAUUUAUUGUUAUUCUUCUGUAAAGAAAAGAGGCCUUUUUGGGGGUGAAGGUAGGGGAAGAGGAGAGAUAUUUUUCAAAUAUCAUUGAGUGUGUUUGUGCAUUAUUAUGCCAAAAAUAAGACACACUUAUGGACAUGGGUUUAAGAUGGCACUGGUGAUGCCCAACCACUACUUACAGGCAGCAAAAGACAAAACAAAGGAAACUACUAAAAAUCCUACUAACAAAUCUUUAUUGAUAAUGAUCAAAGGUAACAAUGGAGAGACGAGCAGUGGUGAUGGCACAGGUGAAUCCUGGUCAUGGCAAGCAGAGUAGGGUCAAAGCAGAGUCAAGAUGUUCCCAAGAGCAAGGAAAGUCCCAAAGUGUGAUCGAUUUAAACACCAGGCUGAAUUGGAAAGGUCAGGUACAGACUCCAGAGCAGUCUCAGAGUGAGGAACGGCCUGAUGUUUGGAUGAUUUAAGCACUGGGCCAGAUUGGAAAGGUCAGGGUGUCAGGGCUGGAGGCGAGGGAUGGGCCAGUGCUGCUCACUGCUCCAUGAUGCUUGCUCAGCUCUACGCUGGAAUGCAGUGAUGCCUGGCUUCCUGUCUUUCGUAAAACUUCAGUUCUGAAGCUAUUUGCCUGCUUUUGUUGUUAGCGAGAUUUGUUCUCUUGCUCUCUCUCUCUCUCUCCCCCCCCCCCCUGCAUUGGAUGUUUGACCGUCUUUUUUUUAAUGGGUUCUUUUGAGAUUUCUUUGUUUUGUGCCUGCCUGUAAGGAGACAAAUCAAUCUCAAGGUUGUAUAGCAUAUACAUGCUUUGAUAAUAAACUUACUUUGAGCUUUGUAAAGUAGACAAAAAUUACAGUAAACACAAGAAAUUCUGCAGAUGCUGGAAAUCCAAAAUAACAUACACAAAAUGCUGGAGGAAUUCAGCAGGUCAGGCAGUAUCUAUGGAAAUGAACAAACAGUUGACGUUUCAGACCGAGACUCUUCUUCAUGACUGGAAAGCAAAGGGGGAGAUGCCAGAAUAAAAAGGUAGGAGGAGGGGAAGGAGGAUAGCUAGGAGGCAAUAGGUGAAGCCAGGUGGGUGGAAAGGGUCAAGGGCUAAGGGCUGGAGAGGAAGGAAUCUGAUAGGAGAGGAGAGUGGACGAUGAGAGAAAGGGGAGGAGGAGGGACACUGGGGGGAGGUAGUAGACAGCAAAGAAGAAUUAAGAGGCCAGAGUGGGGAAUAGAAUAAAAGGAAAGGGGGAGGGACUUUUUUUUGCCAGAAGGAGAAAUCACACCAUCUGGUUUCUGGCUACCCAGACGUGUGGGCACGUGGCCAAGUGGUUAAGGCAUUGGACUAGUGACCUGAAGGUCGUGAGUUCAAGCCCCACCCGGGGCAACGUGUUGUGUCCUUGAGCAAGGCACUUAAUCACACAUUGCUCUGCGGCGACACUGGUGCCAAGCUGUAUGGGUCCUAAUGCCCUUCCCUUGGACAACAUUGGUGUCAUGGAGAGGGGUGACUUGCAGCAUGGGCAACUGCCGGUCUUCCAUACAACCUUGCCCAGGCCUGUGCCCUGGAGAGUGAAGGCUUUCCAGGCGCAGAUCCAUAGUCUCGCAAGACUAACGAAUGCCUUUUUUUUUUGGUUGGAGGCUACCCAGACAGAAUAUAAGGUGAUGCUCCUGUAUCAUCCUCUGCUGAUGUUGUAGGUGUAAUGUACUUACAGUAACUGGCAUAAUAUGCUGCAUGAAGUAACUACUUGACUGCUGGCCACUUCUCCAUUCAGAUUUUACAAGUGUGAAAUAUCAAAAUGAAAUACACCGUUAUUUACACAAUCUCACAUGUAGAAAAUAAUGAGACUAAUGGGUGAGUAUUUUAUUAUCAUAUUUGUAAAAGAAACAUAGCUGGUUAAUUAAGCCAAGCAUUAAGGAUAUUGAAGGAAUUGAGGGAAAUGUGAAUAGUGUUGAUAACUGAAAAGACCCUAAUAAAUAGAGAAGUGGGCUGCUGAGCUAAAUGGCCUCUUUGUUUAUAGUAACACACACAAAAUGCUACAGGAACUAAGCAGGGCAGGCAGCAUCUAUGGAAAAGAAUAAAGACUCCUUACUCCUUUCCAUAGAUGCUGCCUGGCCUGCUGAGACCCUCCAACAUUUUGUUUGUGUUACUCUGGAUUUCCAGCAUCUGCAAAAUCUCUUGUAUUUAUGAUUUGCUGAUCCUGAUUAUGCAUUUUGUCCAACAUUACAGGAUAUAGCAGAAAAGUGUCCACUGUUCUUUUUGCACUCUUUAGUCUUCACUGACCACAACCUUUUAUUCAAAUUCAGUAUUCUUUUGAUUAUGUGAAAAGGUUGGAUAUACUUAACUUUUGCUGGAAUAAUAUUUUGAUUUUUUUUCUGUGUUUAUAUAAUUAGCUAUAAAGACCAGAGGAUAUUAGCUAUUGCAUCAAAGCCUGAAAUUUGAUUCACUAAAUACACUUAGUUAUAGGUAAAAUAGAAGGAGGCUAUUUAGAAAUCUGUAAAUGAGCUGCCAUAUGCAAUUGAAGUAAAAUAUUUCCUAAAGGACUUUGUGUAAAAGAAAAAUGCAGGUUAGAGUGUUUCAGUGUUGAGUUACUGAUGUAGCAGACAGAUUUCUGACCAUUGAUUCAGUGAUUACACAGUGCACAACUUUUAGUUCCUCAGUUCCAGCAACCAGGAUUCAUUCAUGAUCUCAGCUGCUGUCUGCGUGUAGUUUGCACAAUCUUCUUGUCUUAUAUAGACUUCCCUGGCUGCUCUGGUUUCUUCCCACAUUCAUGCUAGAAAGUUAAUCAGCUCCUGUUAAUUACCUCAAUGUAAAAGUAAAUGGUAAAAGAAUCUCACCAUGGUAUGGGGGGGAUUUGAAGAUGCGAAUUUUACAAAUAAAAUCUUGCCUCAAUUAUAUUAACCAGUUUUUUGAAAAAAACAAACAAAAUUAACAUUCUUCGGAGAAGGGAAUUUAAUAUUCUAACCUGAUAUCGACUGGAAACAUCGAUUCCUUUCUUCCCAUGGAUGCUGCUCCACACACCUUGAGCAAAUUGUUCGUAGCUCCAGAUUCCAGCAUCUGCAGUCUCUUUGUCUACAUUCCUUACCCAUCUAGGUUGUAUGUGACUUUCAGCAGCUUCCUCAGCAACUAAGCCUACACCAUAAAUACUGGCAUUGUCAGUGAUGUCUGUAUUUUGCAAAUGAAUAAAGAGACAAAGUUAGCCUUCAUUUCUAACUCCCUAUAGGGUUAUUCAUAGUCGCAUUUUAGCAACAGGAAGUGAAGAGAUUAUAUAGCCUGGAUACAAGCCAUUCAGCUCAACUAGUUUGUAUUGAGUCUCUUCCCAAUCCAUCUACCUCAUUUCAGCCUUUCUGUAUCUCUUUCAGAUUCCUUACAUUCACUGUACUGAAAUUUCUGAGUGGAAACUUCCAAGCUUCAAAUACUUUCCCUGUUGACAAGUUAUUUUCUCUGAGUAGAGAAAUGAUAUAGAAAUUUCUAUUUGGAGUUUGUUUGCUUAUAGUCAUCAACUUUGGUUUCCGCCAAAAGUGGAUUUUUUUCUUUUAUCCAGUCCAUUCAGAAUUUUAAGCUUUUAUAAUUAAAAUUGGAACUUGGCAAUUCAGUAUUCUCCAAGUCUCUUUUUUUUUAAAAAAGAGAAUGGUACUAACCCUUCCUUUUGCAGUAGAAAUAUUUUUCACUUCUGGUACUAUUCUUGUAGAUCAUUGUUUUUUUUCCUUCAUGGUUCUGUUCUUUCUGUUAUACAGGCACUAGACAGUCUACGCUGUGGAUUAUGAAUUAAUUGAUAAAUAUAGCUUGCAUAAUUCAGAUAUUAAAAAUGCACUUUAGUGUUUCAUUGUUCGUACUUUCAAUCGCAUUCAAGAACAACAAAAUACUGAGAAAAGAACUCUUGUAAAUGCUUUGAAGAAUAUUUUUGCUGUUCUGCCAAUAAUUUGGCAAUAAAUUUACAGCACUGCUAUAUCAUCCCAUAAACAAUAUUGAAGUGAAUUGAAAUAAUUAGCACAAAAUAUUGAUAGCCUUUAAAUGCUAAUUAGAAAAAUUUGCACUCUAGAUAUUUGGAACAGAGAAUGAUAUUCUGCUGGAGUCCAAAAUAUUUAAUUUUAACUGUGAAUAUUUACAGUGAUAUUUAUUUGUGUAUCAGUAAUCCUAAACAAAUGCUGUACCUGAAACUUCUGAGAUAAGGAAGUUUUACUGAGAUGUCUUCCCAUUAUUUCUCACCCCCCCCCAAAAUAAUUACUUUUGAACUACUUCCAAGUGGCUCCAUCAAAAGUCAAAAUGCUCUUCUAGAUCAAUUUACUUUGGCUAGGCUUCUUUCCUGCUGCACGCAAAUCAAUAUCUGAGCCAGUGAUGCACUAUUUGCUGACGGGAAUUGGCUUGUGUUGAGCACAACUCCAGUCCCUCAGACUAUGAAAAUGUUACUGCUGUCAGAAUACCACGGCUGAGCAGAACGUGUCUGCUGGGAGGUGUAUACCUUGUGUUGAACAACUAACGUCUGCCCGCAUAGGAUAUCUAAAGCAACCGAAGAAACCUUCAUCUUUCUACUCAGAGACAAAAGUGGAUUCCUGUACUGAAAUAAUGAAUGCUCUUAAUCUUUUGCAGCACCAAUUCAUCAUGCUAGGAAAUUUUGAUUUAACAGAACCACGUGAAAUUUCAAUAAAGCUUUCUUUGGAUACCCCUCAAUUGAGUUGAUACCCAGCUUCCUUUGGCAAGGUCGGGCUUUCUUUUCAAAUCCAGAGGAGCAAACAAAAAUGAAGGUGUUCUCUGAGUUACCUCACACUUGACAAAACAAAUAUUUAAUUUCCAUCGAAGGAAUAUAUCCUUUCUAAAUGCAAGAAAGGAUAUACAUACAUUUUCAUUAUUAAUAAGUGAUCAGUUAUGUUGAAAGGGAUAGGGGUUGAUAAAAAAAAUGUGCAGCUAUGUGGUGAUAUGAAAUAUUAGGUGGUUAGUUACUUGAACUUGCUGUGCAUUUAUAAUUUGGGAAAGUUUUUCUUUAAAUAGUUAAAUGUUAGAUGAUUCAAAAGAACAAAUUUAUAACCAAGUUACUGCAGCUUUUGAGGUAAAACCCUGAUCUUUCAGUUUUAAGUAUGAUCUGACCACACAAAUAAAUCCAGCAGAUGUUGUAUUUACAUUUUUGAUAUAUUGUUUAUUAAUGAAAGUGACUGAAUUUUAACUGUUACUUGUGAAUGAAAUGGAAUAUGCAUGCAGACUAUUUUUAAAAGUUUGCAUUACAAAAGGGAGAGUCUUUAUCCAACUUAUUGUUGUGUACGAAAAUGCUAUUUGGUAAUUAUAGUAAAAUGAUGAGAUUAGUGGCACUGCUUAUACAUUUUUCUGUUUUUUCAAUUGUCACUAAAAUUAUUUUUCCCUUUCAGUUAUCCAUGCAACUUCCAGUGAUGGGGAAAAAUGUGAUUGUGCUCACUGGGUAUUUGUGCUAUAUAGAUCAAUUUAUUUGGUGAUGGAAUUUUAUGAUAAUGCUUCCAGUACAAUUGUACCUGGAAAAAAAUAUUAUGAAUUUAUUUAAGUUGUGCUCACAGUCGAACUAAAUUGCAAUUCUUCUGUAUAAAUAAACAUUUUAAAUUGUGAUUUCUCCUAUGAAUGCAUUAACAUGAAUAGGUGCAUUACUGUGAACUAUAUUUUAGAAAUAAAGAUAAAAAGUUGGUAAUUGGAAGAUCAAUCUUGCUCAUUGAAAAAUCAUUUUACACCAGUUUCUUUGAAUUUUAAGUUUG